UACAGGACUGCUGCCUGUUGGGCCUAGAAGUUCCUUCCCCUGUCAUCUUCCUUUGGGCUCUAAGGAUUUCACUUUCAUUUCCAAGCCAGCAGCUCAGGAGGAACUACGCAGACCCAGCACUUGUUUGGUGAGGAAAUGCUGCCGACGCCUGCCCUGGCUGUUCUUCACCACUUAAAUCGGGAGUCAAGACUUCUCUGCUGGGGCCUACAGCCAUCUAGGAACUUUUAAGCAAGAAGAGCCUCAGGAGCAAAUAGAGGAAGAGCCAAGGAAGACGUACUAUGGCUUUAAAAAUCUUGAACAUACAGGAUGAGGUAUCCUGUCCCAUCUGCCUGGAGCUUUUGACAGAAUCCCAGAGUCUAGACUGUGGUCACAGCUUCGGUCAAGGCUGCAUCGCUGUGAAUAAUAAGGAGGCAGAGAUCAGCCCCAGAGGGGAAAGCAGCUCUCCUGUGUGUGGUGUCAGAUACUCACUCGGUAACCUAUGGCAUAAUCAGCAUCUGGUCAACAUAGUGGAGAGAAUCAGAAUGUUUAAGUUGAACUCAGAAAAGUUGCUGAAGAGAGACCUCUGUGUGCGCCAUGAAAAGAAGCUCCUGCUCUUCUGUAAGGAGGAUAGAAAGGUCAUUUGUUGGCUUUGUGAGCGGUCUCAGGAGCACCGGGGACACCAAACAUUCCUCGUGGAGGAAGUAGUCAAGGAGUAUCAGGAGAAUCUCCAGGCAGCUGUGGCGAGGCUGAGGAAAGAGCAGCAGAAAGCUGAGAAGUUGGAAACUGAUAUCAAAGGAGAGAGGACUUCCUGGAAGUACCAGAUACAGACUGAGAGACAAAGAAUUAGAACAGAAUUCAAUCAACUUAGAAGCAUUUUGGACAGUGAAGAGCAGAGAGUUCUGCAAAAAUUAGAAGAAGAGGAAAAGAGGAUACUGGAUAACUUGGCUGAGGGUGAGGCUGAGCUGGCUCAGCAGAACCAGUUGGUGGAAGAGCUCAUUUCAGAUCUGGAGCAUCGCAGUAAAUGGUCAACAGUGGACAUGUUGCAGGACAUGAGUGGAAUCAUGAAAUGGAGUGAGAUCUGGACACUGAAGAAGCCAAAAACUGUUUCCAAAAGACUGAAGAGUAUAUUCCAUGCUCCAGAUCUGAGCACAAUGCUGCGCAUGUGUAGAGAGCUAACGCAAGUCCAGUGCUACUGGGUGGACAUCACACUGAACCCAAGCAACUUAAAUCUAAGCCUUGUCCUUUCAGAAGACCAGAGACAAGUGAUGUCUGUGCCAAUUUGGCCUGUUAAGCUUAGUAAUUAUGGUAUCUUGGGCUCCCAAUAUUUCUCCUCAGGGAAACACUACUGGGAAAUAGACGUGUCCAAGAAGACUGCCUGGAUCUUGGGGGUAUACUCUAGAAAACGUUUCCAUAAUACAAAUCUUGGUGUUAGACGAGGCACAGAUAAUCAAAAUGUUUACUCUAGAUACAGACCUCAAUGUGGCUACUGGGUCAUUGGGUUACAGAAUAAAUUUGAGUAUAAGGCCUUUGAGGAGUCAUCUACAUCUCUUCCCAUGGUCUUGACUAUUUCCAUGGCUGUUCCUCCCCAUCGUAUUGGGGUUUUCCUAGACUAUGAAGCCGGGAUUUUAUCAUUUCUUAAUGUCACAAACCACGGGUCACUCAUCUACAAAUUUUCUAAAUGUUGCUUUUCUCACACUGUGUAUCCAUACUUCAAUCCUUGGAACUGCCCCGGGCCUAUCACCCUGUGCCCACCACGCUCCUGAACCUUCUUGAUUCCUCAUCCACUUAUAUGUAGCACCCCUUGUGCUCAUCUGCACCUGAGUUUAUGUUCACCAUUCUGAACACCUCUUCCUUCCUUUCUCCUUCUUUUAUGUUAGAAUGUCAUAGAAUUGUGCAAUGCUUUUCUCCAUAUACUGAACAUACAACUUUUACCCUUUUGUUCCUCAUUUAAUUCAGGUAUCUUUAUAGUUUUGUUAUCAUUGUAUUUUAUUGAUUAUUCUGUGGGGUUAAGCCUGUGUUAAGCCUUGAUUAUUUUUUCUUAGAUUAUUGAGGCUCUGUUCAUUAUUUUCCUAUUGGAUAAUUUGCAUUAAUCUACUUUUAAGUUCACUCAGUCUUUCUUUUGUGAUUCUAAAUUUCUCUUAAGCCAGUCCAGGAUUACUUUUUUGAGUGAUUGAAGCUUUUAGUUUUAGUAUUUCUAUUAAUAAAACUAUUUCUAUUUGUCUUUUGGAAUUUCCUAUUUGAUGAUUAUUAUAAGCAUGUUUUCUUUAAUAGGCUUUACCCUAGUUAUGAUAGUUACGGUGAAGUGCUUAUCUUCCUUGUUGUAAGUCCUGUUUUAAAUGCAGUAUCUGCAUUAUCUUGAAGUUGUUCUCCAUUGAUCACCUUGUUGUUGAGUAUGGACUAUUUUAGUUUCUCUGUAGGUUAAACCAUUUUAACAUGUACCUUAAAUUCCCCAAGGGGAAUUGUGAAUGAGAUGUAAAGACUCUGGAUUCUGUUUAUUGUUCUGAAGGAUAUUUAUUUUUCAGGCAAUUAAUUUGGUUGAUCUCAAAUUUGAAAAUCUCCCCUGCAUCUUGCAGCAACUGAAAUUCUGAUCAGUUCUUUUAGGUCUAUUUGGACUCUUCUGUAUCCACUUCAAACAUAUGUUGUUCAAGGAAUUGCUCGAUUUUUAUGUAAAAUUAGAGAUUUCCUCCUCUGGAUCUCUCUUUUACAGGCAUUCUCCUACUUGCUGUUGUAAUUGCCCCAAAUCAUUCAUCUUGCUUUUCAAGCUAAUAAGUCUGUAUGCUGCUGAGUUUUAACUGUCCUGCUCACUACCAAUUGAGCAAAUAAAAAGCCAUAAAACCAGGAAAGUCCUUCAAUAGUAUAGUCCCUUAUUUUGUUUAUUACACUGUAGAUUCUAAGUGUUUUGUCAGUCUCUAGUGCCUUCAUGUUUUUGUUUGUUUUGUUUAAUUUUUACAAAUGUUCAAAGUUAAUAGUGUUGACCUGUAGGGUAUGAGUACUCUUUUGUUAGAAUAAAUACCUCCAUUAUUUAUGGAGGAAACAGAAUCUCAGUUUUGCUUCUCUGGAUAUUCUAAGCUGAAAGUUCAAUUUCUGAAUUUUAGUGUGUGUGUGUUUUUGUUUGUUUGUUUGUUUUACAAACUGCCAGAUUUUGUUCAAAGUGGUUAUACCAUUUCUGCAUGCCUACAUAUUUCAGGAAGGGAACAGUGAUGGUGUGGAAUAGGUGGUUAAUGCAAAGAUAUUAAGCAUAGAUGUAUUUUUCAGUGUAUUUGGUUGAAACUGUAGAGGAUUGGAGAACUCAGAGUCCAACUGUGUGACAGGCACAGUACAAUGAUAUUGAUUGUAGUGCUCAGAAGAAAAGAACUUUCUUACCCAAAAACUUCUUCUCUGUCUGGUACUUCCUUUCCCAAUCCCUCCACAGAUCCAAAAAUCCAUUGUUUCACCUCUCUUCCUCUGAAUCUCUUAACUGACCCUACAUCCAUGGUCAAUAUAUUGGGACUCUCUUAUGAAGCAUUAGAUUUGCAGCCAAGAAGAAUCAGUGGGGAAAGCAGGUCUUGUCAAGAUACCUAGAAACUUAGGCAAGCACAAUACCUGAAUUUACACUUCUCUUACCAUAAAUACUUUCUCACCAGAGCUGAGUAUAUUGGUAUGUUGCAUAUUCCAGAUCAUUGCAUUCUGAGUUACAGGGAAAAAGAAAUAUUUCUCAGAGCUCUGUAUUUCCCUGCCUUCAUUAUAUCUUCUGCUUGGAAAGGAAUCUAAUGAAAUAUCUAUUUGGCCCAUGGAUUUUUAAUACUUUCCCAUUUGAGAAAACCUUAGAGUAAAGCAAGAGCUGACAGAGUUGAAGUGUAUUGAUGGGGACAGAUAAAAAAUCAAUCCAAGAAAGCCAUAGGAAUAAGACAGAAGUGAAAGAUUGAUUAGUAUUUGUCAAAAAGUGGAAACAACCUAAGAGUCUAUCAAUGG